CAAGAUAAAUGUGGGGUUGUAGAUUUAAAAAAAAAAAAAUAAAUAAAUUGCGUUACUCGCAAUUUCAUUCGUUCCGCUGCUCGGUUUUGGUCCCCCUGCGCACGAGGUGUCCGGCACGCGAGAGCGCCCAAUUGCUAAUGCCCAAAACUACCUUCCCUCCCUCCCUGCGGACACCGCCGCCGCUGCGGGUGAGAACGUCUUGUUUGCUCAUUUGUGCAGGUCGUGUUUUCAGCCAAACGUUGUCCGUCGAGAGACGAAACUUCUAUUAACAUAUCUUCCUUUCUCCCUCCCUCUCUCUUUCCCGCUCUCCCCUGCUCUCUCCCUCCCUCGCCUCUCCUGUGCUGUGAUGCUGAUGAGAAUGCAUCGUUAGCGUCUUUUCAGGCAGUCGGUCGCGCUAUCACUCACUCCCUCUCUCUGGAUAUCUCCACCUCCGUACCUUGCUCUCUUUAUCUCCCUCUUACUCACCGCGCGCAGCACAUCUCUCUGCGCACCAGGCUUUAUUCGAGACACGUUGUGGAAAACGGCUUUUUAAAAUGUCUGUAUCUUCUUUAUUCCCCGUAGGAAUGUAGUUUGGGGGAAUAAAUGCGAACGUUUUUGAGUGUAGGCAAACAUUCCAAGAGAAUGCGAAGAUCUUACUUCCCCAGAAAUACCUGACAAGCGUCGAAACAGGAGCAAACUCACCUUUCCAAUAGUCUAGACUUCAUGCACAGCAGCCUUUCAUUCAGCGCGAGGCGUUUUGGAAAAAGCUUUUGGGAUUCAGCAGAAUCAUCGAAUAUGUGGACUGCAGAGUUGAGACAAUUGAAUGUUUUACGUUAGAAAGCCAUCGCAUUUUCACACAGUCGCCGUGGCGCUGAACGAGAAGAGAACGGAAAACAAUCGCUGAUCGACGUGCCAAUUAAAUCUGCGGUUCGCCUCGAGAUCUAACGGCUCUACCGUGGGCGGCAUACAUGUGUAUCUUUUGAAGAACUGCCAGCGCGAGGAGAACAACGUUCCCAACACUGCGAGUACAGAGAGAUUUCCACUGCACCGCUACGGCAGCGCGCUGUGCUGAGGCGCUCUCACUCGCUGCCCCGUACCGCGCCACAUCAGCACAAGAGGAGAGGAACAGUCGGGACGAAACGGGAUACCACCCCAAAAAAUACGCCUACGGUUCUGUGUCAGGAGGAAGUCUCGUCCGCCCCUCCACCUGUGCCGUCGUUAAGGGAACGGAUCGCCCACCCGUUUUUGGGAAGAGUAACCCUCCGGGGAGACGCCCCCACCCUCCCGCUCCGCCUCUCCGUCCCCGGGCGGCGUCAGAGCCUCCGUCCUGCCAUGUGCGACCCGCGCGGGGGUAAACCCAGCCGCUAUUAGCACCCCCGGCAUCGAUCGCACGUGUCCCGCGGGGCAGAGCGCGAUUCACGCCAGUUCCUCGCGCGCUGAAAGGAAGGUGCGGGCGUGAAGACUGGUCAGAUUCCCAUAUCACAGAGAGAGAGAGAGAGAGAGAGAGAAAGAGACUGAGAGAGAGAGAGUGUGUGAAUAUCUCACACGCAAAGCGGGGGAAUCCACUUAGUGACAGACAGGAGUGUGACGGGGAGAGAGAGAGAGAGAGAGAGAGACAGAAAGAGGAGUGAAUCUCGCCGCCCGCUGCUCCCGCUCAGCCAUGCCAGGACCCCGCCUCCCCUUGCUCUCGGCUCCGCCCUCCUUCCGCCUCCCUCUCUUCCUCAUCCUCCUCUUCCUCUUCCUCCUGCUGGGACCGCUCCCCCUGGCCCGAGCGAGCCCCGAGCCCGACCCCACCCCCGGCCACCCCUCCAACUGUUCGAGUGGGGACCCCUGCUCGGACGGUGUGGUCCUGCCCAUGUGGAACCCCCAGAACCCGUCGGCGGGGGACAAGGUGGCCCGGGCCAUCGUGUACUUCGUGGCGCUCAUAUACAUGUUCCUGGGCAUGUCCAUCAUCGCCGACCGCUUCAUGUCGUCCAUCGAGGUCAUCACCUCGCAGGAGCGCGAGAUCACCAUCAAGAAGCCCAACGGCGAGACGGCCAGUGCCACCGUGCGCGUCUGGAACGAGACCGUGUCCAACCUCACGCUCAUGGCCCUGGGCUCCUCCGCCCCCGAGAUCCUGCUGUCCGUCAUCGAGGUGUGCGGACACAAGUUCGAGGCGGGCGAACUGGGGCCCAGCACCAUCGUGGGUAGCGCCGCCUUCAACAUGUUCGUCAUCAUCGCGCUGUGCGUCUACGUGGUGCCCGACGGCGAGACGCGCAAGACCAAGCACCUGCGCGUCUUCUUCGUCACGGCCGCCUGGAGCAUCUUCGCCUACAUCUGGCUCUACCUGAUCCUGUCGGUGUUCUCGCCCGGCGUGGUGGACGUGUGGGAGGCCGUGCUCACCUUCCUCUUCUUCCCGCUCUGCGUGCUGCAGGCCUGGAUCGCCGACCGCCGCCUGCUCUUCUACAAGUACGUCCACAAGCGUUACCGUGCCGACAAGAGCCGCGGCAUCAUCGUCGAGUCGGAGGGCGACGGGGCGCUCGCCACCAAGAUGGACGUGGAGAUGGACGGCGGCCUCAACUCCCACAAGGAGGCGCUGGACGGGAUGCUGGGCGGGGCCGAGGAAGGAGGGGGCGGACCCGGGAGCCCGGGCGGGCGGGACCUGGAGGACGAGGCGCGGCGGGACAUGGCCCGGACCCUGAAGGAGCUCAAGCAGAGGCACCCGGAGAAGGACAUGGAGCAGCUGAUCGAGAUGGCCAACUACCAGGUGCUGGUGCAGCAGCAGAAGAGCCGGGCCUUCUACCGCAUCCAGGCCACGCGCAUGAUGAUCGGCGCGGGGAACAUCCUGAAGAAGCACGCGGCCGACCAGGCCCGCAAGGUGGUGAGCUGCCACGAGGCCUGCGCCCAGGAGCACGACCCUAACACCAUCCUGCUGGAGUUCCAGCACGCGCACUACCAGUGCUUCGAGAACUGCGGCUCCCUCACCGUCGCCGUCCUGCGCCACGGGGGCGACCUCGGCUGCUCCGUCAAGGUGGAUUUCCGUACGGAGGAUGGCACGGCGAACGCGGGUUCGGACUACGAGUUUGCGGAGGGCACGCUGCUGUUCAAGGCGGGCGAGACGCUGAAGGAGCUGACGGUGGGCGUGAUCGACGACGACAUCUUCGAGGAGGACGAGUACUUCCACGUGCACCUGAGCAACCCGCGCGUGGCGGGCCGGUCCGAGCACCCGCCCCCGGAGCCGGGCGGCAUCGCCGCGGGAAACAGCCUGCUGGGCGGCCCCGCCUCCUCCCUGCUGGCCCCGCCCAAGGCCGCGCUGGGCCCCGCCCACUCCACCACCGUCACCAUCUACGACGACGACCACGCGGGCAUCUUCACGUUCGACGGCGCGUCGGCGCGCGUGAGCGAGAGCGUGGGCACCAUGCAGGUGAAGGUGCUGCGUACCUCGGGCGCCCGCGGCAAGGUGGCGCUGCCCUACCACACCCAGGAGGGCACCGCCAAGGCCGGGGAGGACUACGAGGAAAUCGCCGGCAAGCUGGAGUUCCUGAACGACGAGACCAUGAAAAUGAUAGAGAUAAAGAUCAUAGAUGAUGAGGAGUAUGAGAAGAACAAAACCUUCACCAUUCAUUUGGGCGAGCCCAUCCUGCUGGAGAUUGGACAGAAGCAUGGGGACACCAAUGAGAACAAGCUGCCGGUGGGGGCCGAGGAGGAGGAGGUGGCCAAGAUGGGCUGCCCGAGCCUGGGGGAGCACACAAACCUGGAGGUGGUGAUCGAGGAGUCUUACGAGUUCAAGAACACGGUGGAUAAGCUGAUAAAGAAGACUAACCUGGCUCUGGUGGUGGGGAGCAGCAGCUGGAGAGAGCAAUUUGUCAGCGCUGUCACAGUCAGUGCAGGUGAUGAUGACGAAGAGGAGAGCGGUGAAGAGCGGCUGCCCUCCUGCUUCGACUACAUCAUGCACUUCCUGACGGUGUUCUGGAAGGUGCUGUUCGCCUUCGUGCCCCCCACGGAGUACUGGAACGGCUGGGCCUGCUUCAUGGUGUCCAUCUCGCUGAUCGGCGUGCUGACGGCCGUCACCGGCGACCUGGCGUCCCACUUCGGCUGCACCAUCGGCCUCAAGGACUCCGUCACCGCCGUGGUGUUCGUGGCCCUGGGGACCUCUGUGCCCGACACCUUUGCCAGUAAGGUGGCAGCGAUCCAGGACCAGUAUGCCGACGCGUCCAUCGGGAAUGUGACGGGCAGCAACGCGGUCAACGUCUUCCUGGGCAUCGGCGUGGCCUGGACCAUCGCCGCCGUGUACUGGCACAGCCAGGGGAAGCAGUUCCGGGUCAACCCGGGGUCGCUGGCCUUCUCGGUCACGCUGUUCACGGUAAUGGCAGUGCUGAGCGUGCUGGUGCUCCUGUACCGUCGGCGCCCCUCGGUGGCGGGGGGGGAGCUGGGCGGCCCCCGCACCUGCAAGCUGCUCACCUCUCUGCUCUUCAUCUCGCUCUGGCUCCUCUACAUCCUGCUGGCCUCUCUGGAGGCUUACUGCCAUGUGCCAGGGUUCUGAGACACGCCCACAAUCCUUUCCUAUAAGCCCUGCCCAUAAGCCCCACCCAGUGCCCUACCCAUAAGCCCCGCCCAUACGCCCCGCCCAAUGCCACACCCACAAUCCCCUCCUAUAAUCCUCGCCCCAACACCCUGCCCAUAAGCCCCACCCAAUGCCCUACCCAUAAGCCCCGCCCAUACGCCCCGCCCAAUGCCACACCCACAAUCCCCUCCUAUAAUCCCCACCCCAACGCCCUGCCCAUAAGCCCCAUCCAAUGCCCCGCCCACAAUCCGCUGCUCACGCUCCACUUCCUGCCCUCAACUGCCCCAUCCUGCCCCCUCUUACCCAUUCUCACCUCCUCCUGCUCCCACAAUAAAACACCCCCUCUAGUGGGCAUGUCAUGAAGCUCACUCCCUGACCCCCCCCCACACACACCUCCUUUCCUCCACGGGACAGCCAUGCACAGUCUUUAGACGAUGGGAAGUUGGGGGAGGGGUUUGAUUUCUUAAUUUCCCCACCCUGCUGAUGCAAUGUCACUGCCGCCACACCCCCCCCCCCAGCCCAAAAACAGCCUCUUAAAUAUAGCCAUGUUUUUCAGUGUCACGUGAUCCUUGUGUUGUUGUGGGAUUUAACAAACGCAGAAUUAAGAUUUAACGAUCAUCAUGUGAUCACCAAAAAAAAAUUUUAAAACAAAAAAAUAACAAACUGAUGCGUAUCUAUGAAGAACAGAUGGAAAGACAGAUGAAAUGAGAGGGGGAUUAAAAGAUGGGAGCCCUCAGCACUUCAUUGGUUAACGAGGUGAUGCGAGCGGAGAGCUCUCAUGCGGUUACCUGCUGACUGUGUCACACCUGAGCUGUGGGGCGUGAGGACUGAGGACGCGUAGAGCUGCCUGUGGCUGAACGACGAGUACUGCUGCUGAGAGCGAUGAUGAUGAUGAUAAUGAUGAUGAUGACGACGACGAUGAGUAUUGAUUAUCUAUAUAUUAUCUCCUUUGUAUAAUACAUGUUAAUGCCAAUAUCUGUAUAUAUGUGAGCGUGCAUGCGUGCGUAUGCGUGCGUGUGUGUGUGUGUGCGUGCUUGUCCGGGUGUGUGCGCGCGUGUGUGUGCGUGUGUGUGUGUAAGCAUAUGUACAGGGAGUCAGGGUGUGUGUG